AUGGCAACAAUUGUGGAAUAUCCAACAACAUCCGAUGAUGAAGAAUCAUUAGAGGAUGAGAAAACAACUAGCGGAUCAUUUCGAAACGGAGAUUUUCAAGGACAACUUUUCAAAUGGACGAAUUAUUUACACGGCUGGCAGGAAAGAUAUUUAAUCUUGAAAAAUGGCUUCUUAAAUUAUUACAAGAGUCCAUCCGACAUUGGUCUCGGUUGUCGAGGCGCUCUUUCUGUUAAACAAGCGCUAAUACAGUCUCAUGAAUUCGAUGAAUGUCGCUUCGAUGUACGUGUUGGCGAUUCGGUAUGGUAUCUACGUGCACAUAGUCCUGAAGAUCGUGAACGAUGGAUUCAAGCAUUGGAAGAUCACAAACAACUGUGUAAAAGCGAAUCGGGUUAUGGAAGUGAGACGAGCCUUCGACGCCACCCAAGUCUUGGCUCGCUAGCGUCAACAGCAAGCGCAAGUAUUGCGUCGACAGGUUCAUUCAAAAAAGAUCGGAAUUUAAAGGAAAAAUUAAAUGAAUUAGAAACAUUUCGAGAACUACUUGUCCAACAAGUAUCCACAUUACAAACAUAUUUCGAUGCUUGUGCGAAUGCGGUAACAACAGGGUUCGAACCAUAUCAGAAAGAAUAUGAGAAUGCUGCUGAUAUUGAUUUUGAAGAAUCGUUGGAUAAACAUUGUCCAGACAAAACUAAACCGAAAAUCGACCGUUUAGCUUUGGGUGAUCAUGCAGCUAUGGCAAUUGACUUCAAAGGAGAAGCCCUGACGUUUAAAGCUACUACGGAUGGAGUCAUUCAUAAUCUAGCAUUUUGUAUUGAAUUAAUGCAAAAACGAGAAGAUAUUUGGAGAAAAAAAUAUGAAAAAGAACUAGAACGUCGAAAGAAAUUUCAAGACUUGUAUUCUAAAGUCAACAAACAAAAACUAUCUGCUUUUGGUUCUCCAGAUAUGGAGGAAGGACCACAUACUAUCUUAAAAGAAGAUGAAUUUUAUGAUGCACUCGAUCAAUCUCUCGAUCGAAUCGAUCGUGAAACUGAUAGUUAUCAACGUGUGUUGAAAUCGUCCAAAUCAAAAAAUUCCGCUGAUGCAACAGCCAAUCAAUCAAAAUCUUCACUCAAAAUCUCUCCAACAACAGUUACCAAUGCAACAGUAGUCUCGACGCCACACGAGGGCAAUUUAGUCAUUCAAGGCAAACAUCGGCUAGCGAAUGAAAUCGAACGCAUCGUUCAAGAACAUUUACAGUACGUUCGUGAAUCUGUCAGUCACGGUUGGGAUUUGAUCCACCAAGAGGGCGAAAUGAAAGUCUAUCGACGUGAAGUAGAAGAGAAUGGUAUCGUUAUUGAUCCUCUCAAAUGUUUCCAUACAAUCAAAGGUGUUACCGGUCAUGAAAUUUGUCGAUACUUUUGGGAAUAUCAAUAUCGAAUGGAAUGGGAAACUACACUUGAUUCAACCAAAAUUAUCGAAGUCCUAGACCCCGAUACAGUGAUAUUUUUUCAACUACAUAAACGUGUAUGGCCAGCUGCGCAACGUGAUUCAUGUUUCUGGUCGCAUAUUCGAUGUAUAUCCAAUUCCGAAGAAGAUCAGCCGACAUGGCUUGUUGUCAACUACACAACACCGCAUCCACUUGCACCAAUCAAAUCGCCUCAAGUUCGUCUAGUAGCAAAUGUCGCAUUGAUAUGUGAAACAAUCAUCAAUGAACCCCCACUUAAUCCACAAGAUAUCAAACGAGAAAAUCUGGAAUGCAAACUAACCUAUGUUGCUCUUAUUAAUCCAGGUGGAUGGGUUCCUAGUGUGGGCGUGAGAAAUGUGGCCAAACGUGAAUAUCCGCGUUUCAUAAAACGAUUCACAUCUUACGUAGUCGAUCAAACACGCGACAAGCCAAUCCUAUUUUGA